CUCGCAACAAACUGUAUUUGACAGUGUGUGCCGAAAAUACACGUGAGGUUUCUGCUCUGCUGCGCACUUCUGAAAUGCUCAGGUGUAUCAACAUGAUCGUCCUCCGUGACUCCGUCGACGACUGGUCGAUAUCCAGCGCCACGUGACCGAAGCAGUGUGUCCACACUGCUUCAGCAGUAGCCCACGCGACCAGUGGUCAUGUGAGGAGUGAUCGUCGGAGAGCGGGGCGGCCCCUAUAUGGCCAGCACCGAGAACCCCCUGAUCCAGGACCACGCUGCCAUGACCCUGGGCGGUAGGCAGCAGCCUCCGCAGCAUCUUCAGCAGCCGCAGCCGCAGCAGCAUGCGCGGGCAUCGUCCCUGGGCCUCACGGCGCUCAUGUCCUCCUGCCAGCUCAACAAUGAGCUGGAGGUCAAGGCGCUGCUCCAAAGGAAGCCCUCGCUGACGGCCGCCCGCGACCGCUCGGGCAAGACGGCGCUUCACUACUGCGCCGAGAACCUGACCACGGGCUGCGCCGAGCUGCUGCUGCUCUACGAGCCGGGCCUGACGUCGGUGCAGGACGAAGAAGGCUACACGACGCUGCACUUUGCCGUCAUCUCGGGCAACCGCACGAUGGUGCGCUUCCUGGUAGAGCGCGGUGCCGACGUCAACUGCGUCGACAACGAGAAGCACUCCUGCGUGCACUGGGCCACAGUUUGUGGCGAGCUGGAGUGCAUGGACAUCCUGGUGUCGGCGGGCGCCAACCCAUCGACGGCGGACAUCCACGGCGCAUAUCCGAUCCACUACGCCGCCCAGAUGUGCGGCCCAAACAGCGAGAUGGGCAACGACGUCCGGGUGGGCCUGGCUGCCCUGCGAAGGCUCAUCGAGCUGGGGGUGGACGUCAGCGUCAGGGACCAGGACGGGAGGCCACCGCUCCUGUGGGCCGCCAGUGUCGAGACACGUCCGAGCAAGACCUACUGCCCGUCGGGAAGCAGCGAUGCUAUCUUGGCCUUGGUCAAUGCUGGAGCGGACGUUGCAGCCACCGACAAAGACGGCCUCACAGCUCUGCACUGCGCGGCCAGUCGCGGUCACGUUGACUGCCUGGAGACGCUGGUGUCACUGUGCGGCGCCGACGUGGACGCAGUGGAUAGCAACGGCUGCUCGGCGCUCUUCUACGCUGUCACCCUGGGCCAUGCCGACUGCACCCAGUUGCUACUCAAGUACGGUGCCGCGCCCAACCGCCAGGACCACAAGGGCAGGACACCCGCCCACUGCGGAGCGGCCAAAGGACAGAUGGAGACGCUCAAGAUACUCUGGCAACAUGGUGCCAACCUCUACAUGCGCAACCAGCGUGGAGACUUGCCCCUCCAUGAAGCCGUGCAGUCAGGGCGGAAAGAUCUUGUACAGUGGCUCCUAGAGCUGCAGCCAUCGGCGGUCAACUCGCCGAACAACAACGGCCGUUGCGCGCUUCACGUGGCCGCCAUGGCCAACAGCGUCGAGAUGUGCAAAGUGCUCAUGGAUCGAGGCGCGGAGGUCAACCCGGUCAUGCGGAACUCAAAGGGCCAGCUGCUGACGCCACUGGACGCGUCCCUCCAGCGCGGCAACCGCGGCUGCGCCAAGUACCUGCGCCUGCACGGCGCCCUGCCCUUCUGCAAGAUGACCGACCGGCAUGAUAUCGACCGAUGGCUGCAGCACAGCUUCAGCAUCAACAAGCUGCACAAGACCGAGCAGCUGUGCGAUUCAGAGGCGCCACCGGCUGUCUCGGGACUGGCGCCCGAAGAGCUGCAAAUGCUCGAUGCCAAGCACGUGCAGACGCUGGAGUCGUCGGUGCAAACCGACUCCGGUUACUUCGAGUCGCGCGAGUAUCGGGCCUCCCGGCAGCCGGGCGACGCGGAGGAGACCGUGACAAAACAGGGUACCUUCAUCGAAGGUGGCCGCACGCUUAAGCAGGCCAUAAUCACCAACGUGUACGUGAGGACUUCCGGAGGCGCAAGGGUCCAUCAACCCAAGCGGAAACGGGCUGGAGCUUCCAAGGGCAAAGGCGAUGGCUUUGCGGAAGGCAGCGAGGGAACAGAAGAUCACUCAUCGUCAGGCGAAGAACGGAGUGUGGGUAUGCGGGAAAGCUCUCGGCGGAAAGUUGGUUCUCAGGAGCAGCACGCGGGGUUCAAUGAAUCGAAGAAAAUGCACACUAUGCUUGAUUCGUCCACGACACAUCGGGUUGUUGAAGAGGUCAUUGUCAAGAAGCAGGAUGGUCCAGAGGAACACGUCGUGAAGAGGAUUACGCGCAGACCUCUUGGUGGUGAGGGCGAUGAGGUCAGGGUCACUGGUGAAAUGCGGGACAACGUCGAGACGACGCCCGAGGGUUUCACAUCGGUCACUUUCAGCGAGCAAAAGAGUAGCGAGACAGGGCGAGCAUCUUCCGAAGACGACGCCAGGGCAAGGUUCAUGACCAGAGAUGCCGCGGCCGCCCGCACGCUUGGAGACGUACCCGAGGGAACGUCGCGGCAGCCGAUGAAAUCCCCUGCGGUUAUCAGGGCGGCCGAACGGUUCCUAUCUCUUCUGUCAGCACGACGGAGCAGGACUCAAGCUGAUCAGGCUUCUCAAGAACGUUUGAAAGAUACCAGUCAAACACUUACGUUACGCGACUCGAGGAUUCGUGAAGAAUCUGAAGCAGCGGAAUCAACAAUAGAUGAAAGAUUAAAGAAGGAGAAAAAGGUCGCACGCUUCCAAGACAAAGUGAAGCACACUGUGAAACAAGUUAGACAAAGUCCCAAACGUAGAAGUUCCUCAUCAGGACGGAGCAGCUCCGAAAGUGAGCCUGCAAGUACUACGAAGAAAGAUAAAGGUUCCAGAACCAAGGGAGCUGCUCGAAGUCUCUCCAGAGAACCCUCCGGAGGCCAGCAACGACGACGAGAGGCCGAUGAAGCGAAAAUGAGGAAACAGAAACAGGAGAAGACACCGCGACGGGCUGUUAAAAGUGGGGGGCACUCGGAAGCUGCUGUUAAGGGUGCUUCAGACAAAGACCAGAGCGCAUCAAGUGACAGCUCCGAAGACAAAAAACCGAAGCACAAGGAUGCAUCGGUAUCACGGAAAGAUAGCGUGAAAACGCGACCAAAGGACAGUGUAUCCACUAAGAAAGAUAGCCGUAGGUCUGCUAAGGGCCCUGAUGGAAGACAUUCAGAAAGUAAGGAAGAGCUGUCAUCGUCAGCCGAAGGGUCAGACAGUGCCGUAGACGACGGUGGCAAAAAGGAAUCGAUGCAUGUAAAGUCCGAGGCCAGGGAUGCACGAGACACUGCAAGCCGGGACUUAAACAGUACAAAAGAAGUUAACGUAGAUGAGCGACUAGAGAGUGCUACUCAUACCAAAAUGCACCGUGAGUACGAAGAAAUCGAAAGCCACGCGACCAUGGCAGAGUUCUUCAGUGAGACUAGCAUGUCUGAUAGUGCUUUAGAGCAACGCAGCGAUAGACUUCUUGCGCGACAUGAAGAGGGUGCCACAAAAGAAGCCUUGAAGGACGAAAGGGCCUCGAGGGAAAGAGGAGCUAAAAAACCACGCUCUUCAGAAAAGGACCAGAAGGUCAGAGACGCAGCGGAACGCAAGAGCACCUAUCAAGCUAAAGGAAAAGACAGGUCAUCGAAGCAACCUCGAGAACAGGAAAAGGUAGGAGAAGCGAAAAAAGAUAGAUCUCGUAAAAGGGACACAGAUCUCGGAGAGGGAUCCGAUAGCCAAGGAAGUGAGAAAGCCGCUACCGAUGCAGCAGGACAAGACGGGGGUGCUGGGAUUGAGGUUUCUGAGGACGUCGUGGUUAGUAAAAUCGAAAGACACCGCACUAAGGUAGAAGAGAGGGUCGUGCAAGAAGCGUCAUCCAGUGAGUCUGUUGCGGAGAGCACGAGUGAACGAAUUGACCGGAGUGAUACUACUGUCACAAAGCGAACAGUUUUGGAGAAGAACCUGGGAACUAAGAAAGCGCAGUCAAAAAAGUCCGAAGUCACAACCGAUCAUGACUCUGAAGGUCAAAAAAGCAGUGAGAAAGUGACUUCUACCAAGAAGAAAGCAACAACCACGAAGGGCAGGUCAUCUAAAGAGCGUCGUGCUGAAGAGAGUGGCCGCUCGGAAGAAGAAAUAGUUUCAACUGAAAUCUGCGAGGAGGAGAUCAUUGAGAAGCAUGCUACGGAACUUAAUGUCGUCGAAAUCUUGGAGACAAGGGCUACUGGUGAGGCUACGACUCCCAAGGAUGAUAUAAAAUCUAAAGCAUCUUCUAAGAAAGAGCAACGUCAAAAACAUCAAGUCAAGCAUAAAACGACCGACAAGCAUAACGGCGCUGGUGACGGUGGUGAGAAGGCCAAACGUAAGAAAGAUACAGAUAGUGUAUACCCUGUGGUUGGCGAUGAUAAAUGUGAUCAGCUGGGAAGUACGCGUAGUUCUGUUAGCUCGAGUGAAGAGCUGGAGGCAGCGCCAGAAAGCUUUGAGUCCUCUCAAGAGACAGUGAGUGUCACAAAAGAAAUAUCAAAUGUCCGCUUUAAGAAAGAGGUCACCUCUGAAGAAACACUUAGGGAAAUCAGCAAGGAGGAAAUUGUAGAACACGCAUCCGAAAUCACGGUUGCAGAGGGUGAGCCAGCAUUUUCAACUGCAGACGUUGCUAGUACAGAAAAAGUUGAGAAAGAGGCUUCGAUCGAACAGGACAAGACAACAGAAAAAAGCAAGGUUUCCAGCGCAGUUGCCGAAGCAGUUAUAGACCUGUACAGUCGUGUUCAGCGUACAUCUCCCAGCAAUCAAGAGCAACUUGCGUCUCAAAAACAACCAGCGCCAAGCACAGAACACGUUCCCUCAGAAGGUGCUCGAAAAGAAGGCGCGGAUUCAAGGGAAAGUUUGGAAUCUAAAGAGAGCUGUCAGGGCACAAGUGAUGAACAUGAGUCACAGUCCAAGAAGUCGCAUAUCCCGCCAGUAGUAGCCGAGGCAGUUAGUGACCUGUUGACCCACGUAAAGCAGCUGGCUUCAUCCAGCACGAGUCCUAACCAAAAGAUCGCGCCGAUGCGAGACUCUGCAACCAGCCCAGUUUCAGGGCCCAUAACUGUAGAGACAGCGUGUGGACCCGACGACAUCGGUGUAGUAGACACCGCCUGUGGUACUAGGCAGUCUUCGACCGAAGUAGCCGAAAAGGCUGUCAGCCCUGAAGAAGAGUACACAGCAGAAGCUGCUUGCAGCACUGUUGCAGAGGAGACUAGCAGCGUCGCGUGCAGUCCCGCUGUGCAGAAAGUCGAUGCGUCGUGCAGCCCUUCGGAGUCCAUUGACCUGCCCAUGCAAGAUGCUACGUGCAGUCCAGUUGCCACUGACGCUGGAAAGGAUCGUGAGAAAACGGACGCUGCCUGUAGCCCGAUAGCUGAGCUUAGCGAUGACGUACAAGAAAUGAAGGAUGCUACGUGCAGCCCCGUCAUAGAAGGUGUUCAAGCUGAAAAGGCAGACGCGGCUUCUAGCCCAGCUGACAUUACAGUGGACGCACAGAGCAGUCCGGUGGACAUCGCUGUCGAACUAAAGGACAGCACUUCAAGUCCUGUGAUCGCCCUGUUUCGGCAGGACGAGCUGAUCAGUCCUAUGAUAGUAGAAGUUUCUGACAAGGAGACAUGGACAGGAUCACUGGAUGAGCAGACUGCGGAAGCAUCAUGUACUCCCAUGCUUUCCGCCACAGAAUCAGCAGCUGUUGAGAAACAGGAAACAGCAACAUCUCCCGUAAACCUACAAACGAUGAGAGAUGAGGAGUGCAGUCCAAUUGCUGUUGACUCGGCAAGGGAGACCAGAGACGCCUCCUGCAGCCCACCGGAUUUUGACCAUAUCACCCUCGCUGAUGAACGACAACUGACUAGCGUUGCAGUUAGCCCUAUAAGGACAACUGAUGGGACGCUCGACAAAGCUACAAGCCCACCAGAGACAUUUCCUGCAGUGAGCGCUGGAGUCAGUCCAUUCGCUCAGACAGUUGGCGUUGAACAGGCUAGUAGCCCUCACAAGGUUUAUACUAAGGACACUUCUAGCAGCCCCUUUCCUGAGUCGGCCGGACCCUUUGCCGAAGGUAUGCCCACGGCCGCUACCACAAAGCCCGUAACAUUUGACGUCUGUCUUGGCACUACACCCGAAGAUGAAAAGGGAGUCAGGGCUGAAUUUGUUGACGUAGCGUGUAGCCCGGUUGCCUUCGAAUACUCUCACUUGUCCCGUAGCAGCAGCGGUUCUACAGAAGUAGACAUAGCUGUAAGGUCCUCGUCGCUAGAAGAAGCCACGAAGACACCUAUGACAGAUAUCACGGCUAUACGAACUCUGGUUGAAACUGGCACAAGUCCCAUCGGCGAAAUGCGAACCACUACAGCGAGUGAUUCCGCCGGUGUGCAGGUGAAGCCAUCAAUUACCCACAGCGGAACAAGCCCUUUGAUACCAUUGGGACAAACAAAGGGAACGUCAACGGAAGACAUAGAAGCCCAGCAUGCUCUUAGUGACAGUUGCACAAGCCCCUUGGAAAGAAUCGCACUCUCAAAGUCGGCAGCCACAAGAGACGCGUCAAGUAGUCCGAUCGAAAACGCCGAUGCAACUGCAGCCGGCGCGAAGACACUGAAAGAUGUGGUCCUGCUGAAGAAACCGGGACCCCUGCGAAAGACAAGGUCGUGGGACACAAUGGGUUACGGAAAUUUGGACGAGAUCAGAUCCAAGGAGCUGUUGUUUCCCGAAAUCAGGCUGCCUUCAGGGUUGAGCAGCGAAUGCCAGCCACGGCAGAGCUCGCGUCGCCGGUUACGAACGGCGUCAGUCUGGACAAGCGAAACGUGGACGAAGGUCGCCAACUCCAGAAGUUGCCGUCCAUCGUCAAGACGGCAAGCACUCCUCCGGACACGGCUGCCGCAGCCGCUGCGGGACAACAGAUUUCAGCGAGAAACGGCGAGAGUCCGACCGGCGUCUCCGAAGGCAGGGACAAGAAGAGUCUCUCUCUCCAGCCGCUGGGCGUAAAGCGCCACAGCCUAACGCAGUCCGAUUACGACCGAUCGCCGGAGUCGAGUGUGCGUAGCUCCGACUACACGGCGACCACUCUCAAGGACUCGGGUUUUAGCGAUGUCGAAAAGCACGUCUCCGGAGGAUCG